UUCUCUAUCGAAACGCCUAAAUCUCUCUCUCUCUCUCUCUCUCUCUCUCUCACUCUCUAUCUGAAUCCCAUUGAAGCUUAUCGGAAGCUAUCUGUCCCUCUCUGGCAGAUCCAAACAAAGCACACUGCCUCUGAUUCCUUAUCACUUCUUUUUCGGAAUGUAGGGUUGUUCUGUUUCUUGGGAAGAAUGGGGCAAAACGGAGGAAAGUUUCUUGGAAGUCGCUUCUUUGCUUAAGGAAUUCCUCCGAUUUCCGUCUUUGUUUCCUCAAUAACCAAACGGAGCGAGUCGAAGGAUUAUUGGUGGCAAAAAAGGUUCUGAGAACAGGUCCAUGGCUUUAGAUCACUACUUCGCUCGGGAGUGGAAAUCUAUCCAAGGUAUAGCAACAGAGUCAGAAAAUUCCAAUGAUUGCUUUGACUGCAACAUUUGCUUAGACUUUGCACAUGAGCCGGUGGUCACCCUCUGCGGCCACCUCUACUGCUGGCCUUGCAUCUACAAAUGGCUUCACGUACAGAGUGCUUCCCUUGCCUCGGAUGAGCAUCCGCAGUGCCCAGUUUGUAAGGCUGACAUAUCUCACACCACCAUGGUCCCGCUCUAUGGCCGGGGCCAAACCCUAAAUGAAUCUGAAGUUUCAGGCAAGCAAUCCCAUCGGGAUAUGGUCAUACCUCCUAGACCAGCUGCAUGUGGUGCCCAAACUCUGUUAUCUACUACUUCUAACACUGGUCAACAGCUUCCAUAUCGUAAUCCGUAUCAGAAUCAAAAUUACAACCCUAACCUAUAUGGCAGUCAUGAAGAGGAUUCGACACCUCCAUGGCUUAAUCUUGGAGGGACUACGACCGGUUUCCACCACCCGGUGGUUGGCAUGUUUGGGGAGAUGGUUUAUGCGAGGGUGUUUGGGAACUCGGCAAGCUUGUAUGCAUAUCCAAACUCAUAUCACCUAAUGGGUAGUAGUAGCCCUAGGUUGAGAAGGCAGGAGAUGCAAGCAGACAAAUCGCUGAACAGAAUUUCAAUUUUUCUUUUCUGUUGCUUUCUUCUGUGCCUUAUGGUCUUCUGAACGCAGUGUAGGUUUCUCUCCCCCGCUGUUUUUUAUACCUUGUAAAGAGUAUGCACUUAAAAGCUUCAUGAACAUGGAUAGAAUACUAUUACAUAUUUAGUAAUAUUUGAGAUGUUUUCAUC